CCAUCGAAUUAGCUUAGCAAUAACUACAUAAAUGAAAAAAAAGUGAUUUAAAGAAAUCUAUGUAUCUAUAGGUACUCUCCUAAAAACCAACAAAAAUAUCUCUAAAGUUAGGUUAUUGUAUCUGUGUUUUGUGUAUUAGCCCCGAAACCGGCAGCGCGAUAAAUGGGUAAAAAGAAUCUAAAAUAUUGGAUUGAGAAUCGAUUUCUUUUAAAUUACAUUCAGUACGUGAUUUUGGCUCCCAGCAGUCGUGUCGGAAGAUUCUUCAUUUCAUUGUUUCAAAAUUUAUUGAAGAAAAAAAAAUUGUAAAAUGCACAGAAAAAUAAACUUUAUAAAAAGAGUUGCCGCAUGUAAAUAAAUUAAAAGUUUUGUUGCUAAGUUUAAUCGAAAAAAUAUUUAAACAUUUCAUUGAGGGAAUGCUUGUCAAAAGAUGAAAUUUAUUAUGCUAGUUAUCUUUUAUUUAUUAAUUAACACCGUACUCGCGAUAUAUAUGCGUGAUGUGAUAGUUUAUCUUAAUAUUGUUUGAAGAUCUUUUCUUAAAUUUUGUUUUGAGAGUUUAUUAGUUUUUAAAAUUGCUUAUCAAACGAAAAGGUGCUUAUUAGAUCUCUAUGGAGAAUGGUGAACUCUUUUAUGGAUACUCAGAGGAGUUAUUAACGUUUGCCUCAGUAAUGUGCAUAGUUUUCAUCUUGAUUGGAAUUCCAGGAAAUUUAAUAACGAUACUGGCACUUUCAAAGUGUAAUAGGUCACGCAAUGCUACAGCUAUAUGCAUAAUCAAUCUCUCCUUGUCUGAUCUACUUUUUUGCUGCUUCAAUCUUCCAUUAGCUGCUUCGACAUUUUUACAAAGGUCUUGGAAUCAUGGCAAUCUACUGUGUCGGCUUUUUCCCUUGAUGCGCUAUGGUCUCUUAGCUGUGUCGUUAUUCACAGUUUUACUUAUUACUGUAAAUAGGUACAUCAUGAUUGGACAUCCCAGAAUAUAUCAAAGAGUAUAUCGUAAUCGAAACUUGGCAAUUAUGAUUGCUGCUACGUGGAUUGGAGCAUUCCUAAUACUCAUUCCAACAUACCGCGGUAUUUGGGGUUCAUUCGGCCUCGAUAUCGAAAUUGGUUCAUGUUCAAUACUUCCAGACGAAAACGGCAAUUCGCCCAAAGAGAUUCUAUUCAUUAUGGCAUUUGUGGUGCCAUGUUUAUGCAUAAUCGUCUGCUAUGCACGAAUAUUUUACAUUGUCCGAAAAGCAGCUCUAAGGUCCCGAGAACCAGUUAAUAAUACCAGUUCAUCAAUGCGUGCUGAGAAAACAAAAUCUCCGCUGCCCGAACAAAACCAUUUAGAUGAGCAACCUAAAGAGCUCAACCGCAACAUGACAAAAUCUGAAAAUUCUCAACAAUCUAAUACGCCAAUUUCAUCGAAUGAUAGCGAAAAAUUUAAGGAACAUCAAAAUCAUUGGGAAAUGCGUCCGUAUUUGUCUAGAUUACGAGACGAUGAUUUGAAAUACAUCGACUCUAGUGUAGAAAGUGAUUAUCCUCCAACACAGUACGAUAUGCAAGCUUGUGAUAAGCCCGAGAAAAUCUCCAAUGUUAAAGAAAGUGGUAUGAAGUCAUAUGAAGAUCUUUUUGAAGAGGAUAGUGGAUAUGUCAAUGAGGUUUCGGGAAAUCCUAUUGCACCUUUGCGGAUGGAUGAAGCUCUUAUAACGGAAGUCCCUUUGAAAACAAACGACAUUUCUGGCGAGAUAAAUAAAAAAGGAAAUCGUUGCACCAAAUCCCUCAAAACGUCAUUUAACCAAAUAACUAAACGCAAAUAUCGCAAUAACUCAACUAUAAACACUUCAAAUACAUCGGUUCUGUAUCCAGGACGCAUGAGUAAGAAAGACAGACGUUUACUUAAGAUGAUUUCGGUUAUUUUUCUGUCGUUUAUCAUUUGCUAUUUACCAAUAACAAUUACGAAGAUUUGGAAAGAAGUCACAGAAGUGCAUUGGAUCAAUAUAAGUGGAUAUCUACUUAUCUAUUUGAGCACUUGUAUUAAUCCAAUUAUUUAUGUUGUUAUGUCAUCGGAAUACCGACAAGCAUAUUGGAAUUUAUUACUUUGUAAAAUGGACAGUAAGUCACCACAUCGCUAUACUGUAGUAACGAAAAAGCCUAGUAAUCUUAGGAUGCAACCAUGAAAUAAAUACAAAAAAUUUUGUAACAUAACUAUUAAUUUGAGUU